AUGGAGCGGUAUUUAACGCUCAAGUGCGAUGUGUACAGCUUUGGAGUUAUCAUGCUGGAGAUAGUCUGUGGCCGAAAGAACAGGAACACACCAACGCUCCUUUCUGAUGGCUGGGAAUCUUGGAAUCAGCAUAGGAUCACUGAGCUUCUGGAUUCAGCCGUGGCCCAACCGGAGCCUGAGCUCCUGUUCGAACUAGACAGAUGCGUGCAGAUAGGCCUUCUUUGCGUGCAGCAAUCGCCCAACGACCGGCCUACCAUGUAUGCAGUGGUCACGAUGCUCAACAACAGCAGCUCACAGAUCCGUGCGCCAAAAAGGCCAGUGUUCGACGGCAUGACCGAGCCUCCUCUCCGCGAGGCAGAUCACUCGGUGAAGGAAGGAGCAUCCAGCACAUCAAACGGCAGCUACACGAUCUACCUCUCGUAG